ACACCAUCUCACCAGCAGUAGACACAAUUGCUUCAGAAGAAGAAGAAUAAUCAGAAGAAACGAUAUGAAAUAUCCUCUGGAGUUGCAGAGAAUCUCUAAAGUUGAGUUUUUUCCUGGCAACUCUAGAAGACAAGAUCUUUUUGCUUGAAACAGACCAAGACUCCAAGAGAGUGGAUAUAAAUGGUUGGUUUUUAGCAGGAAUCUAGAAUGUUCGUCCACUCCAAGGCUCAAUCUCUGCAAAUUUAGUUCAAGAAAAGAUGAAGCAGAGCAAAAAUUCAAACCCAUACAGACUUGACAGCUCUCUGCUAAGCGAAUAGAACGAGCUCAAGCGGCGAGAAGACUCUUAUGAAGAGAGAGGGUCUCAAGGAGAAAAAGAGGGGAAGACUAAAUGAAUGAAACCAUCAAACUAUCUUUUCUUACACUGCCUUAAGUGUUGUCGUUUAACAAGAAUGUGUGUGUGUAUUCAAAGGGACUCCGAUAUGUUAGGUUUCCUUAUGUAAAUCAAUACAGCAAAUAUUAAUCUCAAUGCUCCUUCCAUUUCUAUCUCACUCACUUUCUUUCUCUCUCGAUCUUCUUCAAUUCUUCUAUCGAUAGGCUCAGUAUCUGUUUUUUCCUGACAUCACUAUCAAACCCAUUUUUCUAUCGUUCAAUCUCAAGUCUUUGUUAGGUUUUUUUUUUCUAACUUAAGCAGUAACAAGAGAUAUCAAAACAUCGAUACAAUCUGAGGAAUGGAUUUGAGUAUCGCUUAAUGAAGUUUUGAUCUUUGGUUUUAGUUAGAAACGGAGAGUUUUUGGGGAUUGUAUAUAUUGAGAGGUGAUAAUGAUACCAGAACUGGGGAGAAGACCGAUGCAUAGAGGUAACGAAGAUCCUUCUUUUGGGGAUGAUUAUGAGAAAGAGAUUGGAGUAUUGCUCGGUGAGCAGCAGCGACGCCAAGAAGAAGCUGAUGAGCUUGAGAAAGAGCUUAACUUGUAUAGAAGUGGCUCUGCACCACCGACUGUGGAUGGUUCUGUUAGCGCUGCUGGAGGGCUUUUUAACGGCGGAGGUAGGGCUCCUUUUUCGGAGUUUGGUGGAGUUAAUAAGGGUAAUGGGUUUGGUUCUGAUGAUGAGGAGUUAAGGAAAGAUCCGGCUUACUUGUCUUAUUACUAUGCUAAUAUGAAGUUGAACCCGAGGUUGCCACCGCCUUUGAUGUCAAGGGAGGAUUUGAGGGUUGCUCAGAGGCUUAAAGGGAGUAGCAACGUGUUAGGUGGUGUUGGGGAUAGGAGAAAUGUGAAUGAGAGUAGAUCUUUGUUCUCUAAGCCACCUGGUUUUGAUCAGAUGAAGCAGCAUGAGUUUGAGGCUGAGAAAAAUAGUGCUUCUUCUUCUGAGUGGGAUGCUAAUGGAUUGAUCGGUUUGCCAGGUUUGGGGAUUGGAGGCAAGCAGAAGAGUUUUGCUGACAUGUUUCAGGAUGAUAUGGGGCAUGGAGAUCCUGUCGUACAGCAGCCCUCACGUCCUGCAAGUCGUAAUGCUUUUGAUGAAAAUGUUGACUCUAAGAAUAAUCUGUCUCCAUCUGCAUCACAAGGCAUUGGCGCACCAUCACCAUACAGCUAUGCAGCUGUUCUGGGCUCCUCUUUGUCUAGAAAUGGAACUCCAGAUCCACAGACCAUUGCUAGGGUGCCUAGUCCCUGUCUUACUCCCAUUGGGAGUGGGAGAGUGAGUUCAAAUGAUAAGAGGAACACAAGUAACCAAAGCCCGUUCAACGGAGUUACAUCUGGUCUCAACGAGUCUUCUGAUCUCGUCAAUGCUUUAUCUGGCAUGAACCUCUCAGGUUGUGGCGGGUUAGAUGAACAGGGUCAGGCUGAGCAAGAUGUCGAAAAGGUCAGGAGCUAUAUGUUUGGACUUCAAGGUGGGCAUAAUGAAGUCAAUCAACACGUUUGCCGAAACAAAUCUGAUCAAGCCCAUAAGGGAACAGGUUCUUGGAAGAAUCCACAGUUGAGAGGGUCACAGGGAUCUGCCUAUAGUGAGGGAGGUGGACUGGGUACUCAUUACCAGCAUCUUGAUAGCCCAAACUACUGUCUGAACAACUAUGCACUAAAUCCAGCUGUAGCUUCUAUGAUGGCUAGCCAACUCGGGAAUACUAAUUUUUCUCCAAUGUAUGAAAAUGUUUCUGCAGCAUCUGCUUUGGGAUUUUCUGGAAUCGAUUCCAGACUUCAUGGGGGAGGUCAAAAUCUCUCUGAACCACGUAAUCUUGGCAGGUUCAGUAAUCGAAUGAUGGGAGGAGGCGCUGGUCUACAGUCUCAUAUGGCAGACCCUAUGUAUAAUCAGUAUGGGAGGUUCUCUGAGAAUGUUGAUUCCCUUGAUCUUCUUAAUGAUCCUGCAAUGGACAGGAACUUUAUGAAUAAUUCAUACAUGAAUAUGCUUGAACUCCAGAGGGCUUAUCUCAGAGCUCAGAAAUCACAUUAUGGUGUUCCUUACAAAUCUGGGAGCCCUAACAGCUAUAGCGGUUAUGGGAGUCCAACAUUUGAGUCUAAUAUGUCAUAUCCUGGCAGCCCCUUGGCUCAUCAUCUUCUGCCAAAUUCUCUUGUGUCACCUUGUAGCCCUAUGAGACAAGGUGAAGUUAAUAUGCGAUAUCCAUCUGCAACAAGAAACUAUCCGGGAGGCGUAAUGGGUGCUUGGCACAUGGAUGCUAGUUUGGAUGAAGGCUUUGGAUCGUCAAUGCUGGAAGAGUUCAAAAGUAACAAAGCAAGAGGAUUAGAACUUUCUGAAAUAGCUGGCCAUGUUGUAGAGUUCAGUUCGGAUCAAUACGGGAGCCGGUUUAUUCAGCAGAAACUCGAGACAGCAACAACUGAUGAGAAAAACAUGGUUUAUGAGGAGAUCAUGCCACAAGCUCUCGCCCUGAUGACAGAUGUUUUUGGAAACUAUGUGAUUCAGAAGUUCUUUGAGCAUGGACUCCCGCCACAGAGGAGAGAAUUGGCAGAUAAACUCUUUGACAAUGUUUUGCCUCUUAGCUUACAGAUGUAUGGUUGUCGUGUUAUCCAGAAGGCAAUUGAGGUGGUUGAUCUAGACCAGAAAAUUAAAAUGGUGAAAGAACUAGAUGGACAUGUAAUGCGAUGCGUACGGGAUCAGAAUGGGAACCAUGUUGUUCAAAAGUGUAUCGAAUGUGUCCCUGAAGAAAACAUAGAAUUCAUUAUUUCCACUUUCUUUGGCAAUGUUGUGACCCUCUCCACUCACCCAUAUGGGUGCCGUGUUAUUCAGAGGGUAUUGGAACACUGUCAUGACCCUGAUACAGAGAGUAAGGUUAUGGAAGAAAUCAUGUCCACUGUUAGUAUGCUGGCUCAAGAUCAGUAUGGAAACUAUGUUAUUCAGCAUGUAUUGGAGCACGGAAAGCCUGAUGAGCGCACUGUAAUAAUCAAGGAAUUAGCGGGAAAGAUUGUUCAGAUGAGCCAGCAGAAGUUUGCUUCGAAUGUCGUUGAGAAAUGUUUGACUUUUGGAGGUCCAGAGCAACGGGAAUUGCUGGUGAAUGAGAUGCUUGGCACAACUGAUGAAAACGAGCCUCUUCAGGCAAUGAUGAAGGAUCAGUUUGCCAACUAUGUAGUGCAAAAAGUUUUAGAGACAUGUGAUGACCAACAACGUGAGCUGAUACUUACUCGAAUUAAAGUGCAUCUCAAUGCUCUAAAGAAAUACACUUAUGGAAAGCACAUUGUUGCUCGUGUUGAAAAACUCGUUGCUACUGGAGAGAGGAGAAUGGCUUUGCAGUCCCUAACCCAGCCUCAGAUGGUGUGAGGCCGCAAGUAAUGUACAGCUUAACUAGGGUGGAUGGCUCUGCCAUUGCGUUUUGAGAAUUAGGUAAGUUCUAAACCAGAAAUAAUCUGCGGGAAAAUUGUGAAGGAGAGCUUUGUUUUCUCUGCAAACAUCUGUAAAAUUGUGUAGCUGCUUACGGUUUUCUAUACAUAGAACCAAAGAUCCCACUUUAGGCUGAUGAGUGAGAGAGAGAAAAUGCAGAGAAUGGUGUAAAGAUGGGUUGAGUGAGGAUUUUAGGGUUUCCUUCACACAAAAGAAUGGCCGUUUCAUUGCCAAAUGUGUAGAAGUGAGAAUAUGUUCAUGCUUUUAGGACAAUCCCAGUUUUUAGAGUUUUCUCCAUCUGUGUAAUUUGUUUCAUCAAACUCUUGUUUCCUAUUUCACGAUAAACUCGUUUGUUUCUGUAAUUUUGCAAACUUGUUGUUUAUAUUGACCA